AUGUCAGCAGAUCACUCCAGAGACCCAUGUCCGUAUGUAAUUCUCAAUGAUUUCGGUGGUGCGUUUGCGAUGGGUGCGGUCGGUGGUUCAAUCUGGCACGGUAUAAAGGGAGCGAGGAACAGUCCCCGUGGAGAGAGGUUGCCUGGUAGUUUAGCGGCAAUCAAGGCUAGAGCGCCUGUACUCGGUGGUAACUUUGGUGUAUGGGGUGGUAUGUUCUCAUCGUUUGAUUGUGCAGUCAAGGGCGUUAGGCAGAAGGAAGACAGCUGGAAUGCAAUUAUUUCUGGUUUCUUCACUGGUGGCUGCUUGGCUAUCAGAGGCGGUCCUAAGGCGGCGCUCGGUGGUGCUGUCGGAUGUGGUAUCCUUCUCGGUGUCUUUGAAGGUGUCGGUGUGCUCAUUAACAAGGCCAUGAGCGAUUUCAGCAAACCUCAAAUGCCAAUCGCUCCUGAACAACCACCAGCCGCUGCAAUCUCACAUUAG